AUGACGAUUUCAAAUAUACCUAGUUCUGUGAAAACACCAUUUGAUCCAAUCACUGCCGAGGAGAUAACAGUGGCAUCAUCAUUCUUGAAAAAGAAACUAUCUCCUCUAGUAGUCCAAUUUCGUGUAAUUGAUGUGGAUGAACCCAGGAAAGCCCAAGUUAUAGAGUAUCUUGAGAAAAAAAAACUCAACAAAGAUGCCCCUUUACCAACUCGCUACGUUAAACUGAUUUAUGUCAAGAGUGAUUCUCCCCAUCUUCAGAAAUCAAUUUACAAUGUGGAUACAGGAUCGAUUGAAUCCACUGUAGAGUUCCCAUUAGGGGUUAAGUCUUCGGUUGAUCUCGAUGCAAUGCCAGUGUUGGAGGAGCUCUGCUUGACGCACCCGAAAACUCUCGAGGAAAUCAAGCUACUUCAAAUACCUGACGGGUAUACUGUUGUCACUGACCCAUGGAUUUAUGGAACUGACGAUUCUACAGAGACCAGAAGUUUGAUUCAGUUCUACAUGUAUAUUCGGAAAGGGGAGCAUCCUGAGGCCAACCAUUAUUCUAUCCCGUUAAAGUUCAGUCCCGUUUUUGAUAGUGAUAGUCUGGAAUUUGUCCGUAUGGACUACCUUCCUUCGGGUAUUGAUUCGUCUACAGACAAAGCACGACUGCCAUGGACUGUAGUAGAACCCAUCGAAUAUUCUCACGAUCUACAUAAAGAUGGGGUUCGUGAUGGACUCAAACCAUUGGUAGUUAGUCAGCCAGAAGGUGCUUCAUUUGAAGUAAACGGAACAGAAAUCACAUGGCAAGGGUGGUCUCUUAAUGUUGGAUUUACAGUUCGUGAGGGCCCCGUUCUUUAUAACCUUUCUUUCAAAGGACGGUCCAUUAUGUAUAGGCUUUCGUUUUCAGAAUUGACAGUACCGUAUGGGGACCCCAGAGCUCCAUAUCAUAGGAAACAAGCAUUUGACUUGGGUGAUGUCGGUUAUGGUGCAAGUGCCAACUCCUUGAAAUUAGGAUGUGAUUGCCUUGGCCACAUUAAAUAUUUGAGUUCGUAUCGUAGCAGCAAUAAAGGCGAACCAAUUCUCUUGGAUUCUGUCGUUUGUAUACAUGAACAAGAUUCGGGUCUAUUAUUUAAGCAUACCAAUUUCCGAAAUGGGGCCGCCACACUUUCUAGAAGACGUCAGCUUGUUAUUCAAUCAAUUGCUACUCUGGCGAAUUAUGAAUACAUCAUUGCAUUUAUUCUCAAUCAAGCGGGUGAAAUCGAAGUUGAGAUUCGUGCGACCGGCAUAUUAUCAACCAUGCCAAUAGAUUAUGGCUCAAAAGUACCGUGGGGUACAACUCUAGGACCUGGGCUAUUUGCAGCAAAUCACCAGCAUCUCUUCUCUUUCCGUAUUGAUCCUGCUGUAGAUGGUUUCAAUAACACCAUCUCCUACGAGGAGACAUUUCCGAUGAAGCGGGAUCCUGUUGAUAAUCCCUUCGGAGUUGGGUUUGGAGCCAAGAGAACUAUAGUGCAGAAUAGUGGACAUUUUGAGCUGGACCCCACUAAAAACAGAACGUUCAAAAUAUCCAAUGAGUCGAUCAAGAAUAAGGUCACUGGAAAUCCAGUGGCAUAUAAACUUUUAGCACCUUCUAGCCAAAUGAUGCUUAUGGACGACGAGUCGUUUAACGUGAAGAGAGCGGUUUAUGCCAAACACCCCAUCUGGGUAACGAAAUACAAGGAUGGGGAAUUGUAUGCUGCAGGUGAGUUCACCAACCAAAGCCAAGAAGAAACAGGGCUGGGCAAGUGGACCGCCAGGGACGAUUCGUUAGAUAAAAAUGAUCCUGUCUUAUGGUAUACAUUUGGAUUGACUCAUAAUCCUCGUCCCGAGGAUUUCCCUAUUAUGCCUGUAGAAGGUGCUAGUUUUAUGUUGAUUCCUUCAGGAUUUUUUAAUAAAAAUCCUGCCCUUGAUGUUCCACCAAGUUUACAGACCUUAAACAAGUCCACACUGGCGGAUGAGACUGCUUGUCAUAUGGAUAAACUAUCACUGUAA